AUGAGCUCCACGGUCUAUCUCGGGCCACGGCCUCCGCCGAGAGGCUAUCCCGGAGAAGGUCCCGUGGUGGAUCGCUUCGCCAAAUGGCGAGCGAAGCUCGGCCGCGACCUCCUCAGCGCCGCCGAGGAGGGCAAUGCCGCUGUGGUGAAGGUCUGCUUGGAGCAGAAGGCAGAUCCUUCCGUGAUCUCCUUGGAUUCAGGUCGCAGUCCUCUUCAUGGAGCUGCUGCCUCCGGCAAUGUGGAGGUCAUGCGAGACCUCAUCCACGCCAGCGUCCGCGCCCGCGUGGACCUGAGCCUCGCCGACAACUCCAAGCGGACAGCGCUGGACGAAGCCCUCGAUGUCCCUCAAAGGCUACACAUGCCGGCCGACCUAGUGGUCCCACUUCUAGCCGCCGCAGAGGAGGCCCCUGAGAUAGUCACUGAGCUGCAGACCUCGUUGCCCAAGUGGCGCCAGGCGCUGUUAGCGGUCCUCUCCUGCUGCACCACACCGUUGCCCUUGGUCCACGAAGCAGCCCUUGCUUCUGUCCUCGGGGCUUGGUGCUUCACUGGCGCACGCGGUGGACCGCCAUCGAAGGUCCAGGAAUUACGCAGAGCCCUCUUCACCAGUGUCGCCAACAACAACCACAGCGCAGUAGUCCGCGAGCCCGGUUGUGGAGCGUUGCUCAAGGCAGAGGGUAGACUACGGGUAUCUCCAAGAGAAGGGCCAUGCGGGUGGCGCUCAGCCUUUCGAACUGCACCGAUCAUGCCGAAGUUCUACUGCGAGUACUGCGACAUGUUCCUGGGACACAGGGGAACAUCGGGCCGAAGACAGCAUAUGACUGGCCGGCGGCACAUCAACAACAAGAUUGAGUUCUAUCAGAUGCUGAUCCGCGAGAAAGGGCUCACUCCGCCCAUAUACCCCCCUCCGCCAGGCAUGGUGCUGCCAAUGCCGAAGCUGCCGGCUGCCGCCGCGCCGAAGCCGGCACUCGGCGGGAUUCUGCCGGGCAUGCCUCGUGGCAUUAACAGCGACAGGCAAACAUAG